CGGGUGCACCACGCCGCCCGCCCCGCCGCGGAGCGCACCAUGACGCUUCCCCGGGCCCGGGCCGGUGCCUGGGCGGCAGCGGCCAAGGUGGCCCAGAGGCGCCGCCGCGUGGAGGGCGCGGGAAGAUCGCCGAGUCCUGUGACCCGGGGCCAGCGCGCGGCGCUUUACGUCCACUGGCCCUACUGCGAGAAGCGCUGCAGUUACUGCAACUUCAAUAAGUACAUCCCCCGCGGCGUGGACGAGGCUGCGAUGCGGAGCUGCCUGGUGACUGAGGCUCAGACACUGCUGCGGCUCAGCGGGGUGCAGCGGGUGGAGUCUGUGUUCUUUGGUGGAGGCACCCCGAGUCUGGCCAGUCCCCACACUGUGGCUGCUGUCCUGGAGGCAGUGGCCCAGACAGCUCACCUGCCCGCGGACUCCGAAGUCACAUUGGAGGUCAACCCCACUUCCGCCCCAGCCUCUAGGCUGGCAGCGUUUGGGGCAGCAGGAGUCAAUAGGCUGUCCAUUGGCCUCCAGUCCCUGGAUGACACUGAGCUCCAGCUGCUGGGGCGGACACACUCGGCCAGCGACGCUCUGCGGACACUGGCAGAGGCCCGGUGCCUGUUCCCCGGGCGCGUGUCCGUGGACCUGAUGCUGGGGCUGCCGGCACAGCAGGUGAGACCCUGGCUCGGGCAGCUGGAGGAGCUGCUGCGCCUCUGUGACGACCACGUCUCCCUCUACCAGCUGUCCCUGGAGCGGGGCACUGCCCUCUUCGCCCAGGUGCAGCGGGGUGCCCUUCCCGCCCCGGACCCCGAGCUGGCUGCCGAGAUGUACCAGGAGGGACGGGCGGUCCUUCGGGAGGCUGGCUUCCGCCAGUACGAGGUCUCCAACUUUGCUCGGAAUGGGGCGCUGAGCACCCACAAUUGGACUUACUGGCAGUGUGGCCAGUACAUUGGCGUUGGGCCUGGGGCCCAUGGGCGAUUUGUGCCCCAGGGGGCCGGCGGCCUUGCUCGGGAGGCUCGGAUCCAGACCCUGGAGCCUGACAACUGGAUGAAGGAGGUGAAGCUGUUCGGUCACGGCACCCGGAAGCGCUUCUCCCUGGGCGAGCUGGAGCUGCUGGAGGAAGUUUUGGCGAUGGGGCUACGCACAGACGUAGGGGUCACUCACCAGCACUGGCAGCAGUUUGAGCCCCAGCUGACCCUGGGGGACGUGUUUGGAGCAAGCGAGGCGGUGAACGCGCUGCUGGAGCAGGGCCUGUUGCUGCUGGAUCGCAGGGGUCUUCGGUGCUCCUGGGAAGGUCUGGCUGUGCUGGACUCUCUGUUGCUGACCCUUCUACCUCGGCUCCAAGAGGCGUGGCAGCAGAAAACCCCCUCCCCUGUGCCAGGAGGGUGACGGAUGUCCCUGCAUUCCAGGACAGUGUCCCAGGUGGGCUUGGGGCUGGACUGACACUGCGGACAUCUCAGCUCUCAUCAUGGCCCAGCCCUGGCAUCCCCAGGGGACCGCCUACAGUGAGGGGGAUGGGAGGACCACUGUCGGAGGUCUGGGAACUGGCAUCGAGUGUGCCCACCGCUGCCAGGGCAGGGGUUGUGGUGUCGGCCAGUGCCUCUCACUGGUGGCCUCUAAAGCAACACCUGGCUGGCAAGAGCUGCUGAGGGAUCCGGCUCUCAGGCUUCCAGCCCCUACCAUACAGGACGGGACCUAGAAGGGGCUGAGCGAUGCUGGCCGACCCCUGUGUGCAUCCAGCACAGGCCUGCCUGCUGGACUCAGAACAGUGGGCAAGAUCAGAGCAAGCCCUGCCCCUUCUCUUUUGGCAACCAGGGUAUGUUUGGGGUGUCAGGAGCCUC